AUAAAAUGGAGAACUCAAGAGAACUAAUAUCCAUUUCAAGGCAGGUGGUGUUUGAUACAACAAACUAUGGAUAUGGAUAUUGGGAGGUCAAUAUGAGGACAAUCGUACCAGAAAUGAAUGAGGAUGCUUGGACUGUAGUGGAGUCAAGUUGGGAAGAUCCAAAAAAGUGGAAAAUGAAAGGAACUCAGUUGUCAAACCAAAAACUAAGUGGACUAAAGAUGAGAAUAGACUCAAAAUUCAUUUCCAAAGCUGUAGGUCAAUUACAUCUCGGGUUCCCUCCUUAGCAAGCAUGGAUUCACCGUUAAGUUAGAUGCGGAUAAGCUUGUCCUUAGCAAAAAUGGGAUGUAUUUUCUAAUAGUGAUAUGUAAUGUAAUUGUGUAAUGGGACUAGACAAGCAUUCAAGGCCUAAAUAGUUUGAGAAGCCAUGGCCCAUGAGAAUUGAACCACGGGCUUGCCAUCGUGGCUUGUGGCAAAAACUACAAGUACUCUCCUUUUUUCAGGUUCGGCGAAGAACUACUUGCCGUUUUAAUUGAUAAUAAACACCACACAUUCCUAACGUCACAGUGACAAACA